AAGGAGGAGGCGCGGCCAUACCUGUCCACACCUGCACGGACACGACUUGCCUUGACUCUGUCUGCCUCCGAAGUAGCUGCGUGGACUCAAGUGGACUCGUCUGAUCUGGAUACAUUGCGGGUCAACUUUCCAGGAAGUGACAGCAGCAGACAUGGGCAGCAAAGAGCGCUAUCACUGGCUGGCUCAGGACGUGAAGGUGAGCGGCGUGGACGACAUGGUGCUCCUGUCCAAAAUCAACGAGGACGCCAUCACGGAGAACCUCAAGAAGAGAUAUAUGGAUGAUUACAUCUUUACCUACAUUGGACCAGUUCUGAUCUCCGUCAAUCCGUUUAAACAACUUCCCUAUUUCACGGACCGAGAAGUGGACCUCUACCAGGGCGCGGCUCAAUACGAGAACCCGCCUCACGUCUACGCGUUGGCUGACGACGUUUACCGCAACAUGAUGAUUGACUGCGAGAACCAGUGUGUCAUCAUCAGCGGUGAGAGUGGUGCGGGGAAGACGGUGGCGGCCAAAUACAUCAUGAGCUACGUAUCCAAGGUGUCAGGGGGUGGUGACAAGGUGCAGCACGUGAAGGACAUCAUCCUGCAGUCCAACCCCCUGCUGGAGGCCUUCGGGAACGCCAAGACGGUCCGGAACAAUAAUUCCAGCCGCUUUGGAAAGUACUUUGAGAUCCAGUUUGGCCGUGGCGGCGCUCCCGACGGAGGAAAGAUCUCCAACUUCCUGUUGGAGAAGAGCCGAGUGGUUUCGCAAAAUCCAGGAGAGAGGAAUUUCCACAUCUACUACCAGCUGCUAGAGGGGGCGAGCGGGGAGCAGAGGGAAAACCUUGGGGUCACAAUCCCCGACUACUACAACUACCUUAACCAAUCGGGAACUUUCACAGUCGAAGACGUCAACGACAAGAAGGAGUUCUCUGACACCUUGGGCGCCAUGUCGGUGGUAGGCCUGUCCAUGGAAGACCAGGAUUCGGUCGUUCAGCUGGUCGCGGGCAUCCUCCACCUGGGCAACAUAAACUUUCGCGAGGAGAACAACUUUGCGGUGGUGGAGAGCGCUGACUUUCUGGCCUUCCCGUCCUUCCUGCUGGGGAUCCCCCAGGACGCUCUAUGCAGCAAACUGACCAGCAGGAUCAUGGACAGCAAGUGGGGAGGCAAGAGUGAGUCCAUCUCGGUCACCCUCAACACGGAGCAGGCCUGCUUCACCCGCGACGCCCUGGCCAAAGCCCUCUACAGCCGCCUCUUUGACUUCCUGGUGGACUGUGUCAAUAGAGCCAUACAGAAGGACCGGGAGGAGUUCAACAUCGGAGUCCUGGACAUCUACGGCUUUGAGAUCUUCCAACAAAACGGGUUUGAACAGUUCUGCAUCAACUUUGUCAACGAGAAGCUGCAGCAGAUUUUCAUUGAACUCACAUUGAAGGCGGAGCAGGAGGAGUACGUUCAGGAGGGCAUCAAGUGGACGCCCAUCGAGUAUUUCAACAACAAAGUUGUGUGUGACCUCAUUGAAUCCAAGCUGAAUCCUCCUGGCAUCAUGAGCGUGUUGGACGACGUGUGCGCCACCAUGCACGCCAAAGGCGAUGGCGCUGACCAGACUCUGCUGCAGAAACUCCAAGGUCAAGUGGGCUCACACCAACACUUCAGCAGCUGGAACAAAGGCUUUGUGGUGCACCACUACGCUGGAAAGGUGUCCUAUGACGUCAGCGGCUUCUGCGAGAGGAACAGAGAUGUGCUGUUCAACGACAUCAUUGAGCUGAUGCAAGGCAGCGAGUUUCCCUUCAUUCGAGCGCUUUUCCCUGAGAACCUGGAGGCGGACAAGAGAGGACGGCCCACCACGGCCGGCAGCAAGAUCAAGAAACAAGCCAACACGCUGGUCCAGACACUCAUGAGGUGCACGCCUCACUACGUUCGCUGCAUCAAACCCAACGAGACCAAACGCCCUCGGGACUGGGAGGAGAGCAGAGUACGGCACCAGGUGGAGUACCUGGGCCUCCGCGAGAACAUCCGUGUCCGCCGAGCCGGAUAUGCGUACCGGCGCCUUUUCAGCAAGUUCCUGCAGAGGUAUGCCGUCCUGACCAAAGAGACCUGGCCCACCUGGCAAGGUGAUGAGCGUCAGGGUGUCCUGCACCUCCUGAACUCUGUCAACAUGGACCAGGACCAAUUCCAGCUGGGGAAGACGAAAGUCUUUGUCAAGGCUCCAGAGUCGGUACGAAGGCAUGCGGCGACAACGCAGCUCUUCCUGCUGGAAGAGAUGAGGGAGAGGAAGUACAACGGUUAUGCCCGGCUCAUCCAAAAGGCCUGGCGGAAGCACGUCGCCGUCCGCAAGUACGUCAAGAUGAGGGAGGAAGCAUCCGACAUCCUGCUGAACAAGAAGGAACGACGCCAGAACAGCUUGAACCGCAACUUUGUGGGCGAUUACAUCGGCACCGACGUCCAUCCGGAGAUCCGGCAGUUUGUCGGCCGCAGGGAGAGGAUCGACUUUGCCGACGUGGUCAUCAAAUUUGACCGCAGGUUCAGGAUGGUGAAGCGUGACCUCAUACUCACCCCCAAAUUCUUGUACCUGAUCGGUCGUGAGAAGGUGAAGCAGGGGCCGGACAAGGGUCAAAUACAGGAGGUUCUCAAGAGGAAGGUGGAACUCGCCAAUAUCCAGUCUGUCUCCUUAAGCGCCCUUCAAGACGACAUCUUCAUCGUCCACCAACAAGACUACGACAGUGUUCUCCAGAGUGUUUUCAAGACCGAGUUCCUCAGUCUACUCGUCAAACGUCAUCACGAGAAAACUCAGAGUAAUCUUCCGCUUAAGUUCAACAACCUUUUGGAGUUCAAGGUCAAGAAGGGAGGCUGGGGCCCGUUCAGCUCAUCGGGUUCCAGACAGAUCCAAUUCCAACUGGGUCAGGGGGAUGAGGCAGUCCUGAAACCCAGUGGCAAGGUUCUGCGUGUCUCCAUUGGACCGGGUCUUCCCAAAAGCUCGCGACCCACCAGGAGGGACAACCGUAAGAGUUUCUACCGAGAGAAUCGGGCCGCACCCACUGCCCAGAACGACUCGGAUCCUCACAACGGAGGCGUCGGGACACGCCGAGGAAGCCCCUCCAGAGGCGCAUCGCUGAGGCAGCAGUCCAGCAUGGAGCAGCCCAGUCUUCCCCGACUCCAGAACCGGCAUCGGCGCGACAGCGGCCAUGCUCAGCACGUGGACAUGGGCUUCAUGAGCGUCCCGGACCAGGGCGCCGCCGGGCUGCAGCGUCGGCGUUCCAAGGAGCUGAAGCCGGUCCCUGGAGCGGGUCGACCAAAACCGGCGCCCAAGCCGAAGCCUCGUUCCCCACAGUGUCGCGCCCUCUACGCUUACGAUGCCCAAGACACAGAUGAGCUCAGUUUCAACAUGGAUGAUGUCAUUGAGAUUCUCACUGAGGGUUUGUCAUUUAGAUCCGUCGGGCUGGUGGUUUGGACGCCUUCGCGGACGAGAGGGAAUGUUCCCCGGAAACUACGUGGAGAAGAUCUAGAUGUUGAGGUCAUAGCAAACUGACCAUUCUUUUACUCCAUCCAUGGAUGGAUGGAUGGAUGAAGUUCUUUUACAUUUUCUUUUCCAUUCUUUUACGUUUUCUUUUCCAUUCUUUUACUAUUUCAGAAAAAAAACCUUUCUUUUUACAGACUGACAUGUCAGUCUUCACCCCAGGGGUCACGGGUCAAUGUGCUGCUAGCUGUCAUCAAAGUGGCUUGUUGCCAUGGAAAACGGGGAGAAAGUCAAAUUGACGGCUGAGAUUUGUUCAUUCACCUUUAUUCAUUUGAAGCCAGUUGAUGUUACUGAGGGUUCUGUUCGACUGAAAUCAACUAAGUCACUCAUCUUGAAUAAAAUGAACGAGUCGGUAU